AUGGAGGCAGAAACGGGGAGCAGCAUGGAGACUGGGAAGAGGACAAACAGAGGCACUCGGAUCAUGCUGGGUGUGUUUGUGGGUGUCACUCUGGUACUGGGCACGAUGCUCUUUCUAGUGAGCCAAGGUUUCUUGAGCCUCCAUGCAAAGCAGGAGUACUGCCUGAAGCCAGAGUGUGUGGAAGCCGCGGCUACCAUCUUGAGUAAAGUAAAUCUGUCUGUGAACCCUUGUGAUAAUUUCUUCCGUUUUGCUUGUGAUGGCUGGAUAAACAGUAAUCCGAUACCUGAAGAUAUGCCAAGUUAUGGAGUUUAUCCUUGGUUGAGACAUAAUGUCGACCUCAAGUUGAAGGCACUGUUGGAGAAAUCAGUCAGCCGGAGGAGGGACACUGAAGCUGUACAGAAAGCCAAGAUCCUUUAUUCAUCUUGCAUGAAUGAGAAAGUGAUAGAAAAGGCUGAUGCAAAGCCGUUGCUCCACAUCCUGCGGCAUUCACCUUUCCGCUGGCCAGUGCUCGAAUCUAACAUCGGUCCCGAGGGGGUUUGGUCAGAGAGGAAGUUCAGCCUUCUGCAGACGAUGGCAACAUUUCGUGGACAGUACAGCAAUUCUGUGUUCAUCCGUUUGUAUGUGUCUCCUGAUGACAAGGUGUCCAAUGAACAUAUCUUGAAGCUGGACCAAGCAACACUCUCUCUAGCUGUGAGGGAAGACUACCUUGACAACAGCACAGAAGCCAAAUCUUAUCGGCAUGCCCUUUACAAGUUCAUGGUGGACACGGCUGUGCUUUUAGGAGCUAACGUCUCCCGAGCAGAGCAUGACAUGAAGUCAGUGCUUCGGUUAGAAAUGAAGAUAGCAGAGAUAAUGAUUCCACAUGAAAAUCGAACCACUGAGGCCAUGUACAACAAAAUGAACAUUUCCCAGCUGAGUGUGAUGAUCCCCCAGUUUGACUGGCUGGGCUACAUCAAGAAGGUCAUCGAUGUCAGACUCUACCCUGAACUGAAGGACAUCGGCCCCUCAGAGAACGUGGUGGUCCGCGUCCCACAGUACUUUAAGGAUUUGUUUAGAAUCUUGGGCACUGAGAGAAAGAAGACCAUUGCCAACUAUUUGGUGUGGAGGAUGGUUUAUUCCAGAAUUCUCAACCUUAGCAGGCGCUUUCAAUAUAGGUGGCUAGAAUUCUCACGGGUCAUCCAGGGGACCACAACUUUGCUGCCUCAGUGGGACAAGUGUGUCAACUUUAUCGAAAGUAGUCUCCCGUAUGUUGUUGGGAAGAUGUUUGUGGAUGUGCACUUCCAGGAAGAUAAGAAGGAGAUGAUGGAGGAACUGAUUGAAGGCAUUCGCUGGGCCUUCAUUGACAUGCUGGAGACAGAAAAUGAGUGGAUGGAUGCAGGGACAAAAAGGAAAGCCAAAGAAAAGGCAAGAGCUGUUUUGGCAAAAGUUGGCUAUCCUGAGUUUAUAAUGAAUGAUACUCAUGUUAAUGAAGACCUUAAAGCAGUCAAGUUUUCAGAGUCUGAUUACUUUGGCAACGUCCUGCAAACCCGCAAAUAUUUAGCACAGUCUGAUUUUUUCUGGCUGAGGAAAGCAGUUCCUAAAACAGAGUGGUUUACAAAUCCAACGACUGUCAACGCCUUCUACAGUGCCUCCACCAACCAGAUCCGAUUCCCAGCAGGAGAGCUCCAGAAGCCUUUCUUUUGGGGAACAGAAUAUCCUCGAUCUCUGAGUUAUGGCGCUAUAGGAGUAAUUGUGGGGCACGAAUUUACUCAUGGAUUUGACAAUAAUGGUAGAAAAUAUGAUAAAAAUGGAAAUCUGGAUCCUUGGUGGUCAUUUGACUCAGAAGAAAAGUUUAAAGAAAAGACAAAGUGCAUGGUUAAUCAGUACAGCAGCUACUAUUGGAGGCAAGCUGGCUUAAAUGUGAAGGGGAAGAGGACUCUGGGAGAAAAUAUCGCCGAUAAUGGAGGUCUGCGGGAAGCUUUUAGGGCAUAUAGGAAAUGGAUAAAUGACAAGAGACAGGGGAUCGAGGAGCCCCUUCUACCCGGCAUCCCGUUCACCAACAACCAGCUCUUCUUUCUGAGUUACGCACAUGUGAGAUGCAAUUCCUACAGGUCAGAAGCUGCCCGAGAACAAGUCCAGAUUGGCACUCACAGCCCCCCACAGUUCAGAGUCAAUGGCGCAGUUAGCAACUUCGAAGAAUUCGGGAAAGCUUUCAACUGCCCGUCCAACUCCUCAAUGAACAGAGGCAUGAACUCCUGCCGGCUCUGGUAGCUAGUCACCGGGUCACGCCACCGUAGGAGAAGCAGAGCAGAGCAGCAGGGCCAGUGGAAUACUUCCCCAUCGACUGUUUUUACUUCGCGUUACCCUCCCUGAGGACUUUGACUUUUCAUGCAUCUUCAUCAUUUGGGUAUUGCUUGCAUCUAAACACUACAUAGUCAAGGCUGUAGGGCUUAAAACAUGGAAUAUGAGAAGCAAAUCAUGGUACCCUUUAGAAAACCCAAGCAACAAAAAGAAACCCCUAGGGGACUUCCUAGCAUGCUAUCUGCUGAACUCUUGCUGGUGUCCAUUUAGGUGUAAGCCCCAGCUAAGACGAACAUGCACUUUGAAUCUAUAGCUUUGCAGGGGGCCUAAGUUGAAUGUGCCCAGAUUUUUUCUUCUUUUUGUAUUUUAUAAGCUUGUGACUCUCAAUGAUGAGGACUUGUGGAUAGCCGUGAAUUCUGAGUGCUCUGUGGAGUGCAGGGCUAGAUUUGAUGCCUCAUGACACUGCAUUUAUUAACUCCAAGGUAGUUAAGUGAGGAAUAGCUCCAAUCUUCAUGCUUCAUAUUGGGAUGACUUUCUUAGUUUCAGUUUUGGAGUCUUUGAGGAUAAUAAAAAGCAUGCCUCCUAGUUUAUAUAUGGUUUGGCCCAUCACCUUAUCUAAGUCAUCAGGAACAAAAGCUGGCAGAAAGAUGACUUGGUAAAGAAUUUGAGUUUAUUGAACAGAAAAGAAUCUCUCUCUCUCUCUCUCUCUCUCUCUCUCUCUCUCUCUCCAGGGUUAUUGCUGGGGCUUGGUGCCUGCAGUGUGAAUCCCCUGCUCCUGGAGGUCAUUUUUCCCCAUUUUUUUUAUUGGGUAGAACAGAGAGAAAUUG